AUGGGUGGAAAACUUAUUUUAGCCACGUUCAGCUGUCCAUGUAAUCUUGGCCACAUGUGGUUGGCCAUCCGUCAGGUGCAGAAUAGGAUGGCAACCGUUUUUGUUGAUGGGGAUAAGAUUGGUGAUUUAAGUGUACAACAGUCCAUGGACGAGGACCUCAAACUUUCGAAGGAAUCUUGCGUGGAUAAGACUUCUUGUACAGAGUCCCCGGUCCAACUAGCAGCAAAAGUGGGACUCCUUCUCUGA